AUAGAGAGAGUCUGGCUGAGCACAGUGGACUACCACCAUGACAGCAGCAGCGUGCUAGGCUGAGGCAGCCGUCCCUCCCUGCCUGUCUCCACAUCGGCCACCGCUCGGCCGUGCUCCGUCAGCUGGCUGUGUCGUGUGUAUCUCGUGGGGUAAAUGUUACCGACGACACACGAGCCUCCCAUCCCCCGACAAAACUGCCGCCACCGGCCCGCUGGAAACAACUAGAAGCCUCGAAGAUGUUCACGAAGACUUAACCAGCUGAUCUUAACUCCUUUAAAAAAAAAUAAUAAUCUUAAAACGACCGGAAAUAAUAUGUAAUUUUGCCUCCUGAUCUCUGAAGAACAAAAGAAACAGGAAGAGUUUUAUCUUAAUAAGGAUUGUUGAGUACUCUCCUUUCCUUUUAAAAAAAAUUAUUGAAUAAUUCCUUAAGCCUUGAGCCGCCGGUAUUGUCCAAGUGCUCUGCAGACGAACAGGGAGACCAGACCAGUUGUGACGAGAAGCGCAUAUCGCCAUGCCAGAGGGGGUUAUUGAGCGCCCGCUGUCCCCUUCCCUCCCCAGGGACUGUGGCCACGAGUGCCCGGUGUGCCGGGUGACCGUGGUGAGUCUGACGGACUACGCCAACCACAUAUCCAGCAGGGUGCACAAGCAGCGCGUGGAGACGGCGGAACGCGAGGGUGCCGGGAACGACCAGGAAGUGGAGUACUUCGACAAGGAUCUGAUCAAACUGAUCGAGACCCGGAAGGAAGUGAUCAGGAGGGAGGAGGAGGCUGCAGCAAAGCGUGCCAGAGAGGUGGAGGCGCAGAGGAGAGAGGAAGAGGAGAGUAGGAAACGGCAGCAACAGAUCCAGAAGUGGAGUGACGCACGGCAGUACUUCUGCCAGAAGGGGGCGUUGUGGGACUGGAGAUACCCCAACAAAACCCCUCCACCAGCACCACCACCACCUCGAAAAUGCAAGGGGCCCGCCUGGCAGGAGCAGGGGGGCUGGGACUGCAGUUCUACCCCCGCCGGGUGUCGAGGUCCCUGGGAGAGCCAGGAGGACAUCAGGUUCAACUGGUACGACAGGAAACAGGGCCGCAGUGCGACCUGGCACGCCCAGGAACCACCCAACGUCUACAAGUGGAGCGCCGGACAGAGAGGCAGUGGCAGCCUGCACAGCAGGGAGGGAACCAAUAAGAGAUGGCAGCAGGAGGAGUAUCUCCAUCUCCCAGCACAGCAGCAGAGCGGAGGGAGGGAACCCUGGCAGCAGAACAGCGGAGGAGGAGGUGCUACCGCUCUAUACGGCAGCAGCAGAGGGGGUCACAGACUUCCUGGUGUGCUCGCUGACCGUGUCAUGACGGAAGGGCUGAGCAGCACGGAGUCUCUUCACAGGAUGGACUUCACCAGCGACCAGCUGGAUCCGGUCGGGUCCUUCGACCAGCUACACAGAUACGCUCGCUUCGAACCGCAGGAUGACGGCCGGAAGAGUGGACACCAGAACAUGGCCCAGGAAGGGCCAGCCGGUGGAGCAGAACAUGAUCGUAAAAGUGGCAUGGGGCCCAAGGCGUUCGGUAGUAAUCCUAAACUCGACAAGGCCUGUCGCUGGUCCCCUUAUCCGUCCCAUAAGGAGACUCAUCCUCACCCCUCAGAGAAGCACCCAAAGGGUCCUCCUCCUCCCCCAACCUUCCAGACCCCCCAGACCCCCUUGGUCCAGGGCAGAGAUGUGGAUCUGAGGCCCAGACGUGACAUAACGCUGGACCUCCACCGCUCCUCGGGUCUGAAGCCGACUCAAUCCAGACAGGACCUGCGAGCAGUCCAGCAGCAGAGGUCUCCUGACCAUAGUGUAGAAGGGAGGGAACCCAGGAAGCUUAGAGACAUCUCUACAAGGAUCAGUAGCAGUGAUAACAGCAAUAGUUUGAGGACAGACAGACAAACCUCCUCUUCCUCUGGGUCCACCUCCACCAGACGGAGGGCAGCUCAACCAUCAGAGUGCCUUGAGAAAGGCCUGUCCUCCUCUUCGACUACCAGCCUCAAGACCCACCUGGUUAGGGCCUCCAGCCCCACCCUCAAUCUAACUUCCAGCCCCAAGACCCACCUCAGUAGGGCCUCCAGCCCCACCCUCAAUCUAACUUCCAGCCCCAAGACCCACCUCAGUAGGGCCUCCAGCCCCACCCUCAAUCUAACUUCCAGCCCCAAGACCCACCUCAGUAGGGCCUCCAGCCCCACCCUCAAUCUAACUUCCAGCCCCAAGACCCACCUCAGUAGGGCCUCCAGCCCCACCCUCAAUCUAACUUCCAGCCCCAAGACCCACCUCAGUAGGGCCUCCAGCCCUAGCCCCUCUACCACCCCCAGGACCCAGCUGAGCCGAGCCUCCAGCCAGGACUCGGACCAGCCAAGGUUGUCCAGACACAGAAGCCAGGAUUUGGUGAGGAGGCAGGAAUCAAUAUCCCCCCAGCAGGACCAGGAGCAGCUGCUGACGGAGAUGCUGAGGAGAGCCAAGGAGACACUGCUAGACAAGAGGAGCUCCGUGGAGCUGUCUGCUGUUAACAACAGGACCGAGGGACAGAAGGCAGUGUCCAAUGACCAUAGGAUGGAGAAAAAGGAGAGGAAGAUGGUGCUACACAUCGAGGAACAACAACAGGUGGAGAGCUCUGCUGGCGUUACGGUCGCAGACGACAACAGACAGAAGAGAGGGAAGUCGUCUAGACAGACCAGACAGGACAGCGCGAGCAGCAGAGCUACGAACCCAGCUGAGGACAGAGCUACCAGCAGAGCUACGAACCCAGCUGAGGACAGAGCUAGCAGCAGAGCUACGAACCCAGCUGAGGACAGAGCUAGCAGCAGAGCUACGAACCCAGCUGAGGACAGAGCUACGAACCCAGCUGAGGACAGAGCUAGCAGCAGAGCUAACCCAGCUGAGGACAGAGCUAGCAGCAAAGCUAACCCAGCUGAUGACAGAGCUGCUGCUACUGAGCCUUUAGAGACAAUGAUGGAGUUUGUGACGUCUCCCUCAGACAACCACCUAUCUGUUCAGUCUGUCCAGGUCAGCACUUCCACCAUGGAGUCCCCAGGGGGGGCUGUGCUCUCUCUCUCUCCCAGGGAGGAGGCGGUGGGGGAGAGGGAGGAGGCGAGGGGCCUGGUGGCUGGUGCUGGAGAGGAGGCCAUGGAAGUAGCAGACGCAGGGCUAUGGUCAGACAGUGACCCCUUGAGAACCGUCGACCCUAACCUUGACCUCCACACGACCUCUGACCCCUCCCCAGGCUCCACCCAGACCAAACCCACCCUGCCCCUCGGCCUAAAGAGGGACCUCACCCGACACAUCGGCUCCAAGACCAAGAGCGGCAGCCACGAGCCCAAUCUGAACAUAGCCCGGCGGAUCAGGAACGUGAGCGGGACGAGGAGAGGGGAUGCGGAGAAGGAUUUGGGGCUGAAGCCAACGUUAAGACAGCUCAUCAGUUCGUCGGGGUCACGACGCUGUGUCAACUGGGACCAGGUGUACCAGGAAGUCCACAGGAAGAAGCAGCAGCAGGGGAAAGGCAUGCCCAGGUUUGGUAUCGAGAUGGUGUCCUGUGACCAGGAGGGGGAAGACGUUCCUCUGGCCGAAGGGUUUCAGUGGGAGACCCUCUUCGGCCUCGGAGACUCUGGACCCGCCUUCGCCCCAGUGACUCCUCGCAAACGCAGCCUCUCGGAGAGUAGCGUGGCUCCAGACCGCUCGACCGCCAACCUCUCCUCUCUCUUCGGGGGUCAGACCCCUGGUCAGGCGUUGCCAGGUGAGAGGGCACCCGGAGAUGGGGCUGGAAGGGAAGUGAGAUGCAGCUCAGACCAGCAAAGCUCCUCGUUCUUCAGAGACCCCCAGCAGCCUAAAGUGGAGGCGACACCGUGUGAAGACAGAGCACAGAGAGGAGUACAGGGGCCACUACCAGAGGGGCCACCAGGGGUCGAGCCGAGACCUGACUCCGUGAUAGGGGACAGCAGCUCGGGGACGGAGCAGACCGACACGCAGGGAGCCAGGAUGAAACGACGUGCAGCUGGGGAAAUUGCAUGUCCUGAAAUCCCUCAUUCAGAGAGGAAGAAUAAAAGAAUGAAGGUCAAGUCCAAAAAAGAGCGUCUACAGGUGGACCAUCUCCUUGCUGUGUCUCUGAGAGAGGAGGAUCUGAGCCGGUCUCUACAAGGGGUCGACAACAGCCUGAUCCAGGCCAGGGCUGCUCUACAGGCUGCCUACAUGGAGGUCCAGCGCCUCCUGGUGGUCAAACAGCAGGUUUCCAUGGAGAUGAGUACUCUCAGAAGGAAGCGUAUUGAGUUGCUCCAAGGGAUACAAGGUGGUGUUGAGAGCCUUUCCCUGCCCAGAGUGAAGAGCUGUGAAGAGGAGAUGCCUUUAGAGAUGCCCUCCGCCCUGCUGUCGCCUCUAACAGAACCCCCUGUCGCCAGUCCUAACCAGGUUCCCCUCUACCUCCCCCCCUGCUCCACGCCCCCCUCCCUGUCCCCUAGCCGCCAGACCCACCCCCAGCCUAUCACACAGUCAGUAGUUAUCAAGCAGGAGCCCCUGUCCCCUGGCAGGGUGACCACUAAGACAGAGGAUGCGGAGAGCGCAGUGACCGUUCACCACGGCUCUCACAGCACCACGUCAGAGCCCACGCCCAUCGCUACAGCCCCUCACGCAGAUUGUGCCGCCAGCUGCCAACCGGUCCGAGGGAGGAGGUCUGAGCGUCACAGAGUCCACAGAGAGCUCUCUCAAGAGGGCAGCAGUCUCCCCGUAGGCGCAUGUGUAGAAUGGAAGGACCCCUCGGCAGGUUCACCAGGCCCGAUCCAGUCGGGAGAGAGGGGUGUUCAGGUUACCACAGAAGGGGGUAACUCCAAGCCCCACCCAGCCCCACUGUCAGCCCCACCCAGCCGCAAGAGCUCCAGAGCCGGGAUCCAGGACCCAGAAACCUCCCCCGUCCUUCCUCUGUCCCUCGCUCCGUCCAACGCGCCGCCUCAGGUGGAGGCGAAGACCAUAAAGCGCGUGAGGAAGUUGAAGAAGAAGAGGGUGCUGAGGAAGGCCAAGGGGGAGGAGCAACAGCUUGACAACAGCGACACAGAAUUGGAGGCGGAGACUACCUUCUCCCGACCCGUCAGACUCCUCGGAACCCGCAGGAAACCCAACGGCGGAUUCCGGCCCCAGGUCACCACGUCCUCCUCCACGUCCAGCCCGCCCGGGACAUCAGAGGACAAGGGAGAGCGUCCAGGACCACCGGGGUCUCCAGCCACAAGACCCGAGGUGAGGCAGGAGGACUCUGACUGCUCUCUGGAGAUGGUCGUGCUCCCCCAGGCAGCUCCAGGUGAGGUGGUCACCAUUGACACCUCGGGUCCAGAGGAUGGAGACAUGAACAUCUGCCCCCAGCCACAGCCCACUGUCUCACCCCCAGCUCCAGACACACUGAAGACGGAGCCCCAGAAGCUGGCCUGCAAUGAGGUGACCUCCACAAGCGAGAUGGAUGGUCGCUCUGUAGGCAAGAGUGAAGUCCAGCUUCCCUCGACAUCUGUCAAGCUGUCCAAGACUUCCUCAGGUAGGUCACAUGAUCUCAUACUGGUCCAAGACUUCCUCAGAUCUGUCUCUGGACGGUCAGCCCGGGGGAUGAUCUGCCAUCUGAGGGGAUGUUUGUCACAGGAGACUGUUAAUGCCAUGCAGGUCCACAUGGGUCGACUCUAUACCUGUUCUGGAGACCGCACUGUUAGAGCCUUCAGCCUGGUGAGCCGCGAGUGUGUGGCUGUGUUUGAGGGCCACAGCACGAAGGUCAACUGUUUGCUGGUUUCUUCUGGACCAGGUCUUCAACAACGACUUUAUUCUGGCUCCAGUGACCAGACUAUCCGCUGCUACAACCUCAGGUCCAGGGAGUGUGUGGAUCAGUUCUCUCUCCCAGACCGGGUUCUUUGCCUCCACAACCGCUGGAAAGUUCUGUACGCUGGCCUAGCUAACGGCUCCGUGGUCACCUUCAGCAUCAAGACCAACAAGCAGCUGGAUGUGUUCGAGUGUCACGGGCCGCGGGCGGUGAGUUGCCUAGCGACAGCCCAGGAAGGAGCUCGCCGCAUCCUAUUGGUCGGGUCCUACGACAGCACCAUUAGCAUCCGGGAUGCCAAGAGUGGCCUGUUGCUACGGACUCUCAAGGGACACACCAAGACAGUGCUAUGUAUGACGGUAGUCAAUGACCUGGUCUUCAGUGGCUCCAGUGACCAGUCGGUCCAUGCACACAAUAUACACACUGGAGAGUUGGUGCGUAUCUAUAAAGGACAUAGUCAUGCUGUCACAGUGGUGGCCAUCCUGGGGAAGGUGAUGGUCACUGCCUGUCUUGACAAACUGGUCCGGGUCUACGAGCUACAGUCACAUGAUCGUCUGCAGGUGUACGGUGGACACACAGACAUGGUGAUGUGUAUGGCAAUCCACAAGAAUAUGUGUCCCCCUCUCUGGGAUGUGGUCACCGUCCCCCUGGGUCUGGGAUGUGAAGGGGUCUCUCUGGUCAGACGUCCCCCUCUGGGAUGUCUGAAGGGUCCCCCCCCUCUGCUGGGUAAGACUGGGAACUGGGAUGUGAAGGGGUCUCUCUGGUCAGACGUCCCCUGGGAUGAAGGGGUCUCUGCUGGGGGUCAAGACUGGGGAACUGGGAUCCAGAACUAUCUCUGCCGGGUAAGACUGGGGGAACUGGGGUCUCUGCUGGGUGAAGGGGAUGUGAAGGUCUCUGCUGGAGGCAUGGCUGUUGGAUGGUCUCCCAGCACACAGAACCUGAAGUGUCGAUGGAAGAACUGCGAUGAGUAUUUCGCCGCUCGCAAUGUCUCCAAGCAGGGGGCUCCAAGGCACAUGCUGCAACAUAUUGAGGAGGAGUGGAGUGGACCAGCCCACCCCUGA